AUGGCUGGUAUUAAUAGCAGCGCCGAAGUGGAACUGUUAUCGUCUAUGGAGCUCAUGGAGGAUUCCGUGGACAUGUCCGUGGUCAAGAACGAGCUGAAAAGGAUAAAAGAUUCUAAAAAGCUCAGCGACAGAAAUGUUCUAAAUGUUUUGGAGGACUGCAUAACUGACUCUGCGGUCAGCAUCAACGAGUUGAACGAAUACUCAAACAACAGCAGCAGAACCUCCAUUAAAAACAGCAACAGUGACAUAAAUCGACUUCUUAAGGACAGUGGCGACAACGUGGCAAACAUUCGCGAUUCCGUCGCUGGCAAGGGCCGCAUUGUCGAGGCCGAAGACCCUAAAAUGCUAACUAUCAUGGUCAACGACGACCUAAACAUAAGUUUCAAUGACGGCAAGCUAAACAUAAUAAUACGAUCGCAUUCUGACGCAAAUAGUAUUAUACCUAGGGUGGCUCUGUUUCUGAUGCUGCUUCUACUUUUAGUGAGGUGA